UUCGUCUGGGCCUGGAUCGGGCUGGCCAAGCUGGGCGCCCGGCCCGCCUUCCUGGGCACCGCGCUGCGCCCCGACGCCCUCCGCCACUGCCUGCGCGCCUGCCGCGCCCGCGCCCUCCUGGCCACCCAGGAACUGUUUGGAGCCGUGGAGCCCAUCCUCCCCAGCCUGAAGGAGAUGGGCAUUGGGGUCUGGGUGAUGGGAAAGGGGCCCUAUCCACCGGGCGUGAUCAGCCUGCAGGAUCUGCUGGAGGAAGCCUCCGAGGAGCCCCUGCCUUACGAGCUCUCCACGCCGCGCCACCUGAUGGACACCUGCCUGUACAUCUUCACUUCCGGGACAACAGGCCUCCCCAAGGCUGCCCGGGUCAGCCACUUGAAGACCAUCCUCUGUUUAGGGUUUUACAAGCUGGUGGGGGCCUGCAGCUCGGAUGUCAUUUACCUGACCCUGCCCUUGUAUCACAUGUCCGGCAGCCUUUUGGGCAUCCUCGGCACGUUCGGCCUCGGUGGCACCUGUGUGCUGAAGAAAAAGUUCUCAGCCAGCCAGUUUUGGCCGGACUGUCGGGCUCACGGGGUGACCGUCUUCCAAUACAUCGGAGAGCUUUGCCGGUACCUGGUCAACCAGCCACAGAGCCCGGCUGAUCGAGAGCAUUCCUUGCGGAUGGCCGUGGGCAGCGGGAUGCGUCCGGACGUCUGGCGUGAAUUUCUCCACCGUUUCGGAAACAUCAAAGUGGUGGAAACCUACGGCAUGACCGAAGGGAACGUCACCCUGUUCAACUACACCGGCAGGGUGGGGGCCGUGGGGCGCGGCUCCUGGAUUUAUAAGUGCUUCAGUCCCUUUGAGUUGGUUCGUUUUGACGCUGUCCAAGGCGCUCCGCUUAGAGACAAGGCCGGGCGGUGCCAGCGGGUGGAUAUAGGGGAACCGGGUCUCCUGGUCUCGCCCGUCACCUUCCGCAACCCCUUCCUCGGAUACGCCGGUGGGCGCGAACUGACCGAGGCGAAGAUGCUGCGCGGCGUCUUUGCCGACGGGGACGUUUAUUUCAACUCCGGGGACUUGAUGGUGCAAGACGGCGAAGGCUUCGUCAGCUUUUGGGACCGUACGGGAGACACCUACCGUUGGAAAGGCGAAAAUGUGGCCGCGACAGAAGUCGGGGAGACUUUGAGCAAGUUGGACAGUUUGAGGGAGGUCACGGUUUACGGUGUGAUCGUCCCAGGACACGACGGCCGGGCAGGGAUGGCCACCUUGGUGCUGCAGCCGGAGGCCGACUUCAGUGGCCCCCAAAUCUACAAACAGGUGGCCGAGCUGCUCCCUCCAUACGCCUGGCCUCGCUUCCUGCGAAUCCAGGAGCAGCUGGAGAUGACGGAGACCUUCAAGCAGAAACGGUUCCGCCUGGUGGAGGAAGGGUUUGACCCCACCCGGGUCUCGGACCCCCUGUUCGUGCUGGACGUUGCCGCGAGGACCUACGCGCCUCUCACGCCGGACGUCUGGAAGAAGAUCGCCGCAGGAGAGCUACGCCUGUAACGGACCCAGUCUCCAUCCCCGGGCAAAAUCCGGACUCUGUUGCACCGGACAAUCCUGGCUGUGUGUGUGCAUUACAUAUAGUCCUCGCCUUAGGACCGUAACAGAACUGGGCUGAAUGUCAAAGAUUCCCUUCCAUAGCCGAGCUGAGU